GGUGUCAGUUCUGCGCGCGACCUCUCCCCUGAAGGUGUCAACCUACUCGCGACCUACUCCAAGGUGUUUGCCAAAGUCUCGUGCAACUGACGUGCCUGUCCUCGCGCGUUUCUUUCUCUCCCUCGCACUCUCUUUCAUUCUAUCUUUUAUUUACUCGCUCGCUUUCUCGCACUUGCUUUCUUUCUCCCGUUCGCGCGUUCUCUAUUUUUCUCAGUCGUUUCUCGCCGAACAAAAGAAAGAAGAGCAUCCAAGUGGACUUUUCUUUUUGAAAAGAAGAAUCGGAAGUUCAGCUGUCCACCUGGCACGUGACACGCUUCACCAGCAUUAUCAUGUUCGUCGAGAUGUCCAGAGGCAACAAUGAGGAAGCUGAAUCGACGUAACGGUCUACGCCAGGAUGGCCAGUUGGCCGUUGAGAAUCGUACUUCUGUCCAGCACCCUCAUCCUUGUCCGCGGACGGGGUGUGGUGCUGGACAGUCAGGGUCCAGUGUUGAUCUCGGAGCCACGCUCGUCGGUCGAAUUCUCGAACGAGACCGGGGCUAUGAUCCAUUGUUCGGCCCAGGGCAGUCCCUUGCCAAGGAUUGAUUGGCUUAUGGGGGACGAGUCACCGGUCCUCCCUAUACCUCACAUCCGUGAGAUGCUGGUGAAUGGUUCAAUGUAUUUUUUGCCAUUCAGUGCGGAGACCUACCGACACGACGUCCACGCGGCUGUCUACAGAUGUCAAGCCUCGAACAGCGUCGGCAGGGUGUUGGGCCGUGAAAUCACGGUAAAGGCCGUGGUACGUCAAAAGUACGAAGUCCAAGUGCGAGAUGUUUACGUCCUUCCUGGAAAUACCGGUGUGCUCAGGUGUGACAUACCGACGUUCGUUAAGGAGUACGUGGCAGUCACGUCCUGGGUUCGAGAUUCAGCCUAUAACAUCUUCCCUACGCCGAAAAGCGAUGACAGACAUCAUAUGCUGCCAACUGGAGAGCUUCUGGUGUUCUCGGUGACUUCGUCCGACGCCCAGUCCAGUUAUCGAUGCCGGACCGUGCACCGCGUCACCGGAGACACUGUGGAAAGUUCCUCGUACGCCAGACUCGUGGUUACCGACCCUCAUACCCCAGUUCCGCCAAGGUUCAAUGAAAGAAUGAGCCCAGCGCCUAUACGCACGGGAGAGACGAUCGUCCUUUCCUGCGUUUCACAAGGAAUCCCGCCGCCCAUGUACCUAUGGUUUCGUGAGUCCGUGACGGGCACGGCGAUGAUCUUCAAUUCAGAAAGGAUCUAUGCGAGAGCGGGCGCGCUGGUGCUGCAAUCGGCAAGGGCGGAGGAUGCAGGACGAUACGUCUGUCACGCCAACAAUACGGCCGGUUCCGAGAUGGUCGAAUUGGAGGUUUCCAUUAUAAGCAGCCUCUCCAUUCACCUGGUACCUCAACAGGUCACCGUCGACCUCGGCAAGGACGCGGAAUUUCAGUGUUCCGUCACUGGCCAACCAAUCCCGGUGAUCUUCUGGACCAAGGACGGACUUCCCGUGGGAGAAAGCGCCUCUGGUAGAAGCAAGAUCACGGGGAAAGAUGGCUCGACGUUGCGCGUCUCUUCUGUGGUGAGGGACGACAAAGGAAUGUAUCAAUGCUUCGCGAAGAACGACUACGAGAUGGUACAGGCGACCGCGGAGCUUCGACUAGGGGACGCGGCGCCGCAACUUCUGUACAAAUUCAUCGAACAGACCAUCCAGCCUGGCCCUUCGGUGUCGCUCAAGUGCAUCGCCACCGGAAACCCGACGCCGCACUUCUCUUGGACUUUGGACGGGUUUCCUCUUCCACAAAACGACAGGUUUAUGAUAGGCCAGUAUGUGACGGUGCAUGGUGACGUAAUAUCGCAUGUGAACAUCAGCGUGGUUCACGUGGAGGACGGCGGGGAAUAUCGUUGCACAGCAGCGAACCGGAUGGCGAAGGUUCACCAUUCGGCCCGUCUCAACAUUUACGGCCUGCCCCAUGUACGACCGAUGGGGAACUACGGCGCAGUGGCUGGCGAAACCACCGUUAUCAAAUGUCCGGUCGCUGGUUUCCCAAUCGCGAGCAUCACUUGGGAGAAAGACGGGAAAGUGCUACCGACGAGUCGACGUCAGGAAGUGUUCCCAAAUGGAACUCUGGUACUGCAUCACGUCGACAGAAGCACCGAUCACGGCGCAUACACGUGCACGGCGAAGAACAAACAAGGCCGCUCCGAUUCCCAGACGGUUCACAUCGAAGUGAAAGUUCCACCUACGAUAGCUCCCUUUAGCUUUAACAAGGACCUCUCGGAGGGCGUGCGUGCUCAGGUAACUUGCAUGGUCGAGAAGGGCGAUCCUCCGUUCACGAUCGCCUGGUCCAAGGACGGCGAGCCGAUCGCCGGGCCCAGUCCAGCUGGCUUCGGGAACACCGGGAUAACCGGUCCCAGACACACGCAGACACCCGCUGGGCUACGCGUAACCAACAUUGAUGCCCAUUCCAGUACCAUAGUUAUCGAGCGCGUGAACGCCGCGCACUCCGGCAACUAUACUUGCCUGGCGCGCAAUUCGGUGGCCGAGGUCCUCUGGACGGCCGAGUUGAUCGUUCGUGUGCCACCCCGUUGGGUGAUGGAACCCCAAGAUGUCCGUGCCUCGGAAGGGAUGUCGCGACUGGUUCUCCAUUGCCACGCGGAUGGAUUUCCGCCGCCAGCGGUUUCGUGGCGGCGGGCUAGCGGCAAAAAACCUGGCAAUUAUCGCGACAUCGUCACGCACGAGCACCCUCAGAACCUGAGGAUACACUCGAACGGCUCUCUGGUGUUUGGUCGAGUGCAAGAAGACCACGAGGGUUUUUAUUUGUGCGAGGCGGUGAACGGAAUCGGCGCUGGCCUCAGCAAAGUCGUACAUCUGACGGUGAACGUACCUGCCCACUUCGUGGAGAAACACCGUAACCAAACAGCGAGGCUAGGCUCGAGCGCGUCGUUGCGUUGCGAAGCGAAGGGCGAUCAUCCACUGAAAAUAAUCUGGAAGAAGAUGGGCGCACACCUGGAACAGAAACUGUCCGACUAUCGGUAUACGCUGAAGGAGGAGAACACCACCGACGGCAGCGUCAGCACGCUCGAGUUUAUAAGCACGAGUCGAGAAGACAGCGCGAGAUACUUCUGCAUAGCCUCGAACGCUUAUGGUCGCGACGAAAUGACAAUUCAUCUGUACAUACAAGAGCCGCCCGAUUUCCCGAGGAAUCUUCACGUGAUCGAAAAGGGAAGUCGUUACAUCAACAUCAGUUGGACCACCAGUCAAGACGGCAACAGUCCCAUCACCCAGUACAUCAUCGAGUACAAAACCGAUACUGCCCACGCAAUUUAUUUUCCAGAAGUGUGGCACGAUCACACGUUUCACAUGACAGUGCCAGGCUCCCAGGUUCACGCUCACGUGAACGGUCUGCGUCCGGCGGUCUCCUAUCAGUUUCGAAUAUACGCGGAGAACGAAUUGGGUCGUAGUCAGGCGAGUGACAUUUUGGAAACGACGACCGAAGGGGAGAAACCAGGUGGUCCGCCAAGAAAUCUCAAGGUGGAUCCUGUCAGCUCGACCGAGUUUAACGUCACCUGGGACCCACCUGAUCAUGAUUUAUGGAACGGAGAGAUACUCGGUUACCACGUUGGCUACAAGGAACAUAGGUUGGGAGCGGACCAGUACACGUUUCGGACCGUAGAGAGGCGAAUUUCUACAGCGAGCGUAGCCUUAGGACUCGCAAGAACAUCGAUGCCAGGCAGACAAUAUCAGCUAACAAACUUGAAGAAGUUUGCACGAUAUAGCGUGGUGGUGCAAGCGUAUAACGUGCUCGGCCAAGGUCCCAUGACGCCGGAUGUGGUUGCGACAACCCUCGAGGACGUGCCUAGCAGCCCGCCGCAAGACAUUCGGUGUACGCCGCUGUCCUCGCAAUCACUGCAGGUCUCGUGGGACGCGCCACCCGACUCCAGUCUGAACGGUAUUCUGAAAGGCUACAAGGUCAUAUGGGAGAACAUGAACGCCCUGACCGAGUCGCCUAAGACGGAAACGAAGAUCACCACUGCCUUGACCGUCGUGAUUCACAGCCUCGAGAAGUACACGAAUUAUUCUGUACAAGUGUUAGCCUCGACCAGAGCCGGUGACGGUAUCGCGUCCUCACCUUUGCAUUGCGUCACCGAGGAGGAUCUACCGGAGGUACCAGCGGGCGUGAAGGCGGUCGUCAGGUCGGCGACAUCGAUUAUCGUAUCCUGGCAGCCGCCGCUCAGAAGCAACGGGAACAUCACGUCGUACAACGUUCAUAUCCGCUGGGUUGGCCCGGAGGGAAAAUGGUACAAGCGGGCAUUGCCUCCGUAUCAAACUAGCUAUCAGGUGGAGAAUUUGCACAAGAAAAACCAGUACGAGUUUAGUAUCGCGGCGGUGACCUCGGUGGGCGAAGGACCACAGACUCAGCCGAUUACGGUUUCACUUUCUAACGAAGUUCGAGCGGCGGUAUUCUCGUUCGGUACAGUAUUGGUCGUUCCAUGGAAACAGAACGUGACGUUACCAUGUCAAAGCGUCGGCAACCCUGAACCAUCUGUGACAUGGAAACAAUGGGGCCAGAUAGUGAAAUCGUCCAGCAGGGUGUCCUUGCUGACGGAAGGCUCGUUGCAGAUCAUGGACCUUCAUCGGGAGGACAGCGGAAAUUACACUUGCUACGUGAAGAAUCGUCACGGAUCCGAUCAGAUCACGCAUCGUUUAACCGUGCAAGUUCCUCCAGCAGCCCCGUUGCUUCACGCCACCAGCGCGACCAGUAAUUCGAUCAACGUCCAGUGGAAGAACAGGGACGAUGGCGGCGCCUCAAUCAGGGGUUACAUCCUUCACUAUAAACGAGAAUCCGGCGAAUGGGAGGAGGUGAAAGUCUCCCACAAGAUCAACAGUUUUGUGCUGUCACGGCUAUGGUGCGGCAACGAUUAUCAAAUGUAUCUGACAGCGUACAAUCGGAUCGGUAUGGGUUCGCCAAGCGAGAUUGUAAAGGCCACGACGAACGGAUCGAAACCGGAAAGCUCGCCUAGCAACGGUGAUAAAUUCAUCACGGUGAACGUAUCGUGGAUCACUCUUCAUCUGAGCAUGUGGAACGACGGAGGGUGUCCUAUCACGUAUUUCGAGCUCGAGUAUAGGAAGAACGGAGAUGACAUCUGGACCCUGGUGUCGAAUAGCAUCGAGGUACAAAAGACGUACACGCUCAGUGAGCUGCAACCUGGGAGCACGUACGACAUUCGAAUACGGGCGCACAACAACGCUGGUUUCUCGGUCGCCGAGUAUAGGAUAACGACUCUGCAACCUCACACCAGCAGCACCGUGCCAUCCGUGGAGAUCGAUCACUACAUUCCUCAACACACGUCCGUCUACUCGGAUCUAAAACUGAUAGUCCCGCUGAUACUGAGCUCGCUGGCGAUCAUUGCCGCCGCUGGUGCUGUGUUUUAUUGUUUCCGGAAACGUCCAUUUAUAGGGGAGAUUGCGAGCCUGCACGACGCCCAGACUGCGGCUGCCUUAGACAAUAAGCAGAACAUGGAGCAGCGUGAACAAUAUUACGCGACCGUGCGCAAACCGCUUCGCUCGCCGAUACACGAGAUGGCUACCUUGGAAAAAAUUCCAGAGUACUCGGAGGACAUUUAUCCGUACGCGACCUUCCAACUAGAGGAGAGCGUACCGCCAGGUGGUGAUAGUCGAUGUAAUUCCGCGGCGCCUCUUCAGACCUUCGUCUAUCACGAUCCUCGUCUGUCCACAGCCGACACUCUUCAAUUACGAGAGUCGGAUUGCAACCGGUACACUAAGGUGCGCGGAGGCCGUUCGUCCUCUGCGCCGUUGCACAAAACGCACAAGGUCAGUCAGGGCAAGUCCGAGUCGGAGGAAUACGACACCCUGGGCUCGGACAGCGACACGGAAGUCGGGACCAGCAGCCGAACCGAGUCUUCCAAUCACCUCGUCGAUUCGCACCACUCGGUGUCUGCGGCCGACUCGCGUGUCCACAACUUCCUGUACCAUGGACCAGAAUCUAGCACGUCUACAGAACCCUCACCGAUUUUUGAGAGAAAAUCGUUUCCUGGAAGGGGAAGAUCCAAGAUGUUACAGCUGGCGCGUCAUACCAGCGAGGAGACCCGUUCCAACUUCGGCCCAAUCUCCGGGUUUGGCAAUUCCAAGCACCAGUCGAGCAAUUCCUGCUCCAAUCGGGACCAGGAGCGUGACGGAUCAGGGAAUCUGUUCGUCCCCAAGCUGGACCCACCCACGGGCUUCUCCGACGCGUUUGAGCUAAGCGAGGCAGAAUGCGACUUCGAUCGCGGCCACAGUAGCCAACGAAAUGUCCGUGACUUCGUAAUCGCGGUGUAAAUAAAAAAGAAGGAAAAAAAAUACGAAGAACGUAGAACCUACGGUGUGAACCUCUACGAUGCAUUCAGCGAAAGAAAAAAAAAAUACAAAACCACAUUUCAACUAUCUCGAUGUAAAGAAAAACCAUCGUGGUCCGUCUUUCGUUAAUUAUUAUCAUUGGUCACUGUGAGCACAGCGGCCACUGAUCGUGUGUCCCCUGUUCGUGUUCCUGGCCUAUGUCGAUGGGAAAGUGUCAAUCGUAUCCUAUAACAAAACGAACGUACUGAACUUAACCAUGUGUUCUUUUAACUGCCACUUCGUUCGUAUUCGCGAGAACCUGCGAACACGCGUAACAACACCAUUUGUUUGAUUUUUCACGUUUCUCGUUUCGGCUGCCAAGCGAAUCGCACGAUCCUCCCAGCUGCUCCUCUCGGGGCAAUUCGAUCAAUCAGAACUUGUCUGUCGACUGCCAUUUCGUUCGAGAAAAAACGAUUAUCCUAUGAAAGACACGAACACGUUCUCUACUUUUGUAAAUUAGGCAAAGUCUCGCAGGUUUUGUCGAGAACGAUUCUUAUACUUAAUUGCUCGAGUUCGAUCAACACGUCCUUUUAACUCUGUUUUACACGAAGACUGCGACAGAAGAAGCGGCUGCACCGUAAGCGAUCCACAGGGAAGGUUUUUACUUGCCUUUGCGAAAGAGACUCUUUAUUAUCUCGUAUUCGUUAACCGAACACUCGAAUCGUAUGAGAUACUAUCGUCGAAGGUGAAUCGUCCUAUCGUUGAGACUACGUCUGCAGCAAGCAUUCACGAGCAAACGGUUUCCAUUCUACCGAGUGCAUAUCCCGAGCGAGCAAUACGCGAUUUGUUACGAGUUUACUUGGUCUUCCAAUUUCGUAGAUCGUUUCUAUCUACUGAUUUCGACGUCGUCCUUUUUGAACGAAGAAACGCAUGAACAAUUACUUUCGCAUCUCGAACGAGCCAGCAUGUUUUCUCGUUCGUGUACCAACCGUGUGUUGUAUACAUGUAUAAAUAACGAAGCUAGGCCGCGAAGAAAUGAAAAUGAUGUUUCGUCGUUGCCAUCGAUGUUGUUUCGUUUACGCGAGACUGAAACGUUAGUAGAUGAGACGUGUAGCGUAAACUUUAACGUUCAAAGCAAAAAAAAAAAAAAGUAAGAUAAAAUAAAUAACUAAAUAAACUAUUGUCUAUAAGAUGUCUGUACUUACCAUGCUGUUAACUGUGUACGUAUUGUACGUCAUUACGUACGCGCGACCGCGGAUCGCGAGAAACGAAUCUAGAAGAGCAACGGAAACACGAUGGUAAAGUGUUAAACUAAAAAUGUGUCGUUUCGCCGCGUUGAAUUUCGCGCGUCGAUUAACGAUCGACGGACCGAGUGAUACGCUAAGAAAAACGGACAACAAAAGCAGAAAAAGAAAAAAACAGAUAAGAUAAACUAAAGUAAAAUAAAAGGCAGAGUAUUAAUGAAUUUGUUCGACUGUCGUUAAGGAAAACGCACCCACCGAGUCUGUAACGCAUCUGUUGUCAUCGAAUCAGUUUAAACCGUAUGUACAAGCAAACCGAUCGUUCACUCGGCAACGUGACGAUGAUUUUUGAGUCUGAGUGAGUGCUCUCUCGUUAUGUCGGCGUCCCCGAUCAGAAAGCAUCGCGAAGCAAAGUAUCGGGGACUACGAAGGAAGAGAUAUCGAUCUGUUGACAAAUCGUAUACUUUAUAAUAUAUGAACAAAUGAUUUACCACGAAAUUCGUACUAUUGUGUUUUUAGACGACUUUAGAUUGUUUAUAUUCUAUUUACUUUGUAAAAUAUACAACACUAAUUCCAUAACGGAA